UAUUCUCUUGAAUUUUAAUCCUGAGUAGAAUAAAAUUCUUAUCAUUUGGCAUCACAUCUUAUUGUUGCUGUGAAAUAUUGAGCUAAAAAUGCUUACUGGAGCUGGCAUGCGACCAAAUCAAUUCAAAAUAUUAUUAUAAAUAAAAAAACUGCAAAAUCAUUGUACUAAUUUGCGACAGUUUACAGCGGCAAUCACCUUCUUGAGAAUUGUUAUCAGUAACUUGUGGCCAUAUAUAGAAUUCAUUGGCAGCUGGCAGAAGAAAUACCAGUACAACUUUACGUCAGAUGUUCCGAUAAAAUUCAAAAUAGUAAUAACAAAUGUUGGAAAUUAUUAUUAUCAACAAUGAAAUUUAAUAAUUUGCCAAGACUAAUUGUUUUUGUUUUUUUGCUUGGAGGGAACGUGCAAUUAUUGACGUCGGCUGGGUGGGCAUGUCUACAAGGCAAUGUGUUAAUAACAAAAAAGAGCAAAGAUGACACUGAUCUAUGACAAAGAUUUGAUUUCCAAAUGUUGUUUGGACUCCGGACAAAACAAUUGCUUCAAAAUUGGAAAUAAAUGAUGGAAAAGGAGACUUUUUGAGAACUUUUCGUGAAUUCGCUAUCUUAUCGUUGCUAUUUCCAUUUAAGGCGAAGGCGUUUUGGACAAUUUCUUAUCAACUAUCAUUUUAAAGCAACAAUAAGGCUAGCUAAGCGUUUAGUAGCUGCAAAAUUUUCGCAUAAAAGGCCUCAAAGAGGGGGAAAGUAUUUUAAUUCAAAGUUUAGCAUUCAAACUGUACAGAGUAGACUAGUUCCCGCAACAAAAAAUGAGUCUCUAUAAUGCCGAUGAAUUGGAAGCCCCGUCAUGGAUAAAUCAAGAAUUUUUGGAAAAAGUUCUGACACAAUAUGAAAAUAAUGUGGAUGUUGAGGUGGUGCAAUUCGAUUUGAGUCCGGCCAGCAUGAAAGGUGACCAUUAUGCCAGCAUUAUGUUCCGUUGCAAGGUGCAAUAUCGUUUCGAUAAAAAUGCCAGUGUUAAACAUAAAUCAAUGAUUAUUAAAACCCUACCCAUGGAGGAGGGUUUCAAGAGGGAAAUGCUGAUGGAAUCGAAUUUGUUUGAAACUGAAAUCGAUAUGUAUGCCGAGACAUUGCCCAAAAUUGAAAAGAUUUUGGCAGAUUGUGGCGAACCCACCAAACUGUCUGCAGAACUCAUCUAUUAUGCCCUGGAACCGCAUAAGGUUAUCAUAUUUGAAGAUCUUUGUGAAUCCGGCUACGAUACCAUACGAUCACGUUUCCUCAACGAAGAUGAAAUCAAGGCAGUCUAUCAAAAAUUGGCCAAAUUACAUGCCGUCUCCUAUAUGUUGGGUCACAGUGAAGAACACGAAUUGGUUACCAAAUAUCAAUAUGGCAUUUUGAGUAUGGAUAGCCCACAGUUAGAGCAAAUGAUGGAAGAUGGCUUGCGUAAUUUCAUUGAUAUGCUAUCGUGUCACGAUGAGUUUGAUGUUUACUAUCAAAAAGUUAAGGCCAUGAAACAUCUGGUAAAUCCAAAUAGUAAAAAUCUCUAUAAAGCCUAUCAGCAGCAGCAGCAAAGCAAGGGAGAUAUUUUUGUCCUGAAUCAUGGUGAUUUUCACAUGAAGAAUAUGAUGUUCCGUUUCAAUAAGAGCAAUCAAAUGGAAGACUGCAUUAUGGUUGACUAUCAGAUUAGUUGUUAUGCCCCGUCGAACAUUGAUUUGGUGUAUUCACAAAUAAUGAUGUUGAGUUCGGAAUUGAGAUUAAAACGUCAUGAAUUAAUGCAGUACUAUUUUACGGAAUUCAUAAGGAUUCUUAAGAAGGUUAACUAUCAAGGGGAUUUGCCAUUGUAUUCGGACUUUCAAAUAUCCGGUUUGAAGUAUCGGCAUUUUACAAUCUUUUUAGUCUCCACCUUCCUGCCCAUGGUUGUGGGCUUCAUUGGCAAAUCAGCUGAGGAUCUGAAAAAUGUCGAUAUCGGCAAACAGUUUGAAAAUCCUGAUUUGAUGUCCAUGGUCUAUCGUAUGCCCGCUUUUGUUGAGGAAGUUCGUAAAUUUAUGCCAAUUUUACUAAAGGAGGGCUAUCUGGAUUGAGAUUUGAAAAUAUUAUUGAAUUUAUAUAUUUUAUGAUUGUUAUUAAAAUAAGUAAACUUGUUGUUAUUAUUUAUAGUAUUUAUGUAAUAUAGUUCAUAAUAUUUAUGAACAUUUACAUAUGGAU